AUGGCCACGGCCGCGCCGCUGCGCAGCCUGGAGGAGGAGGUGGCCUGCUCCAUCUGCCUGGACCGCCUGCGGGACCCGGCGGCCAUCGACUGCGGCCACGUCUUCUGCCGCAGCUGCGCCGCCGACGUCCGCCCCGCCCCGGGGGGCCGCCCCGUCUGCCCGCUCUGCAAGAAGCCCUUCAGGAAGGAGGACAUGCGCCCCGUGUGGCAGCUGGCCAGCCUGGUGGAGAGCAUCGAGCGGCUGAGGGUGGACAGGGGCAGGCAGCGGGGGGACGCGGCGCGGGAGCAGCGGGACGCGAGGCUGUGUGAGCGGCACGGGGAGAAGCUGCACUAUUUCUGCGAGGACGACGGGCAGCUCCUGUGCGUGCUGUGCCGGGAGUCCCGGGAGCACCGGCCGCACGGGGCCGUGCUGCUGGAGAAGGCCGCCCAGCCCCGCAGGGAGAAAAUCCUGAACCACCUGAGUAUUCUAAGGAGAGACAGAGACAAAAUUCAGGGCUGCCAGGCGAAGGGAGAAGCUGAUAUCCUGGCUGCGCUGCAGAAGCUCCGGGAGCAGAGGCAGCACGUCGUGGCCGCGUUUGCGCAGGGCCACCAGUUCCUUCGGGAGCGGGAGCAGCACCUGUUGGACCAGCUGGCCAGGCUGGAGCAGGAGCUCGCCGAGGGCAGGGAGAAGUGCCAGGCUAGGGGCAGCGGGGAGCUGGCCCGGCUGGCGCUGGUCAUCUCCGAGCUGGAGGGCAAGGCCCAGCAGCCGGCUGCAGAGCUCAUGCAGGACGCCAGGGACUUCCUGAGCAGGUACCCGCGGAAGAAGUUCUGGCUCGGAAAACCCAUUGCUCGGGUGGUGAAGAAAAGGACGGGAGAAUUCUCAGAUAAACUCGUGUCUCUGCAGCGAGGCCUGCGAGAAUUCCAGGGGAAGCUGCUGAGAGACCUGGAAUAUAAGACCGUGAGCGUCACCCUGGACCCGCAGUCCGCCAGCGGGAGCCUGCUGCUGUCGGAGGACUGCAAGUGUGUGGCCUACAACAGCGGCCUGUACCGCUGCGCCUACCUGCACCCCCAGCGGUUUGACUGCGAGCCGGCCGUGCUGGGCAGCAAGGGCUUCACCUGGGGCAGGGUCUACUGGGAAGUGGAGGUGGAGCGGGAGGGCUGGUCCGAGGAUGAAGAGGAUGGGGACGAGGAGGAAGAGGGGGAGGAGGGGGAAGAGGAGGAGGAAGAGGCUGGCUAUGGAUACGACAACUGGGAAACAGAUGAGGAUGAGGAAUCGCUGGGGGAAGAAGAAGAGGAAGAGGAGGAAGAGGAGGAAGUUCUGGAAAGCUGCAUGGUGGGCGUGGCCAGAGACUCUGUGAGGAGGAAGGGAGACCUCUCCCUGCGGCCGGAGGACGGGGUGUGGGCGCUGCGCCUCUCCUCCGCUGGCAUCUGGGCCAACACGGACCCUGAGGCCGAGCUCUUCCCGGCAGCGCGGCCCCGCAGAGUGGGCAUCGCCCUGGACUACGAGGGGGGCACUGUGACCUUCACCAACGCCGAGUCGCAGGAGCUGCUGCACACCUUCACGGCCACCUUCACCCGGCGCCUGGUCCCCUUCCUGUGGCUCAAGUGGCCCGGAACACGCCUCCUGCUGAGACCUUGA